AUGGAUAAAGUAUUACGUCCUGAACGCUUAAAAACAGAUCCUAACAGUAGCACGGCGGCAACUGAAUGGCAGCAUUGGAAACAAACAUUUGAAAAUUUCCUAUCAGUUUUGCCAAGGGAAAGAUUGGAUAAAUUCGGUGUGUUAACAAACUUUGUAUCACCUACAGUCUUUCAGCACAUCGAGGAUAGUGAAGAUUACACUGCAACUAUCGCAAUUUUGGAAGCCUUGUUUGUCAAACCAACUAAUGAAAUUUACGCUCGACAUUUACUUGCCACAAGACGUCAAAGGACAAAUGAGACACUUGACGAGUACUUACAAGUGCUGAAGACCCUUAGUAAAGACUGUAACUUUAAAAAUGCUACAGCCCUUCAGUACCGCGACGAAAGUAUUCGAGAUGCAUUUAUAACAGGGCUUCUGUCUAAUUCGAUUCGUCAAAGAUUGUUAGAAAAUAAAACGCUGGAUCUCAAGACAAUGUUUGACCAAGCUCGAUCCCUCGAGUCAGCUAUGAAAAGUUCCGAAUCUUAUACGGACUCUCAAGCGAGUUUCAAUGCUGCAGUUCCUUCGUCACCACCCGCUACACCUCCUUUGGACAAUCAAGAUCCAAGUUCUUUGGCAGCUUUGCCAACCGAAGGUGCAUUUUGUUUCUUUUGUGGAAAUAAUAGACAUCCUCGAUCCAAAUGUCCAGCUAGAGAUGCCAUUUGCAUGAAGUGCCAAAAGAAGGGACAUUUCGCGAAAGUCUGUCGGGGAAAAGCAGCUGUCAAGCCAGUCAGCUUAAAUUCAGCAGCCGUUUGGUUCCCAACAUUGGCUACAGUAACUCCUCCAGUGAACCCAGCAUCUCUGUCAAAAUCGUCAGCAAUGGUAUUUCUCAAUGGGUUCAAAGUUAAAGCACUCUUCGAUAGCGGAAGCAGCGAAAGUUUCAUUCAUCCUAGCCUGGUUGAGACAGCUUCCCUCUUUGUUCACCCAUCCUCCGGGACAGUAUCCUUGGCUACUUCCAACAAUGUCACUAAAGUUGCUGGGUACUGUUUGACUAAUCUUACCUAUCAAGACCAUACAUAUGAAAACCUUCGUCUAAGAGUGUUGCCAGGAUUGUGCACAGACCUGAUAUUGGGUCUUGACUUCCAAUCAAAGCAUAAGAAUGUCAUCUUCAACUAUGGUGGACCUGAGCCACCUUUG